UACUACACAGAAGAAGUAGUUUGAGAUUAUUAGUGUUCAAUGGGAAGAUCACCGUGUUGUGAAAAAGCACAUACAAAUAAAGGAGCUUGGACUAAAGAAGAAGAUGAACGACUUAUUUCUUAUAUUAGAACUCACGGCGAAGGUUGCUGGAGAUCCCUUCCCAAAGCUGCCGGACUUCUCCGCUGCGGUAAAAGUUGCCGUCUCCGGUGGAUUAAUUACUUGAGACCUGACCUUAAACGCGGUAAUUUUACUGAAGAAGAAGAUGAACUCAUUAUCAAACUCCAUAGCCUUCUGGGUAACAAAUGGUCACUUAUAGCCGGAAGAUUACCGGGAAGAACAGAUAACGAGAUAAAGAAUUAUUGGAAUACACAUAUAAGAAGGAAGCUUUUGAGUCGGGGCAUUGAUCCUACGACACACAGGCCCGUUAACGAGCCCGGUACAACGCAAAAAAUCACAACAAUUUCAUUUGCAGGUGGAGAUCAUAAAACUAAAGAUAUUGAAGAAGAUCAUAAUAAGAUGAUAAAUGUCAAAGCUGAAUCUGGGUUAAGUCAAUUGGAAGAUGAAAUUAGUAGCAGUCCAUUUCGAGAACAGUGUCCUGAUUUAAAUCUUGAGCUCAGAAUUAGCCCUCCUUCUCUACAAAAUUACCAACAUAGCCCCUCAAGGUGUUUUGCAUGCAGUUUGGGUAUACAAAAUAGUAAAGAUUGCAAUUGCAGUAAAAACAAUAUGGGUAAUAUUGCAAGUUAUAAUUUUUUAGGAUUAAAGAGUAAUAGUGUUUUGGACUAUAGAACUUUGGAAACUAAGUGAAUUUUUAUUAUAAAUCUUUUUUUCCCUGGUGUAUUUGGGUUAAAAAAGAAGAAGAGAGAAUUGUGAAAGAUAUCGCUAUUAGUUCAAGUUCUUUCGAAUUUUCUCUUAUUUGUAAAAUUGAAAGUAUUACUAUAUAUAUCAUAUUAAGUUGAAAGGA